ACUAAAAAUCUCACAAAUUGUAAGAGGCCCACACAAAUUGGGCCUAUUAUAUAAUCCCGUUCGUCAAAUUUGCAUUGACCCAUCACUGUUAUUGUGCAAAUCAUCAUCUUCAUCAAAAUUCACGAUUUCCGAAUUUCGAUUCAUAGCUCAGUUGAGAGGGUUACACAAACAAUGUCGACUCCAUUAGCUACCUCCAAGAAACGCCCAAAAUCCCAAGAGAAAGAUGAAGAAAACAAUGAUGAUUGCUGCGGAAUUUGCUACAUGGAACGUGGAGUUCCAAUCCCGGGGAAAAUUGAUUCAUGCAACCACUAUUUCUGCUUCGUUUGCAUCAUGGAAUGGGCGAAACACGAAUCUCGAUGUCCAAUUUGUCGCCAGAGAUUCUCAAACGUUCGUAGACUCCCUAAAGAUGGCGUUUUUUGUUACCAUCGGGAUAUUAAGGUCCCUAUUCGUGACCAGGUUUAUCAUCCUCAUGGAAAUAUGACAACUGGUCCUGUCAAUUCUAAUGCUGAACUCAAAUGCAGUAUUUGCAAUGUUGUGAAAGAUGACAAUCUUAUAAUAAUAUGUGAUCUUUGUGACACUGCUUCCCAUACAUAUUGUGUUGGCUUGGGCUACACCGUUCCUGAAGGUGAUUGGUUUUGUUUUGAUUGUGCUGCUGCUGCCCGGGAGACUAAUGCUAAUGAUGGGUUAGACCAACAAAAUGUUAAGCUAAUGGCUGAGCCUGAUGUAGUCAUCUUAGAUAAUGUGAGAGGAACAAGCAGCCAAGUAUUCAGAGGACCAAUGGCAUCUCCUAUACAACAAAACAAUUAUCCGUCUUCUAGUAUUCCUUUAUUUGAUAGAGUGAGUAGACCUGAAGGUAAAAAACCUAUGUCGGACGUCCAGCGUGCGCAACAUAAGAUUCAGGUGCUUCGUGAAAAUUGGAAUUCUUUAAGAAGUGGUAAAUUAAGUUUCCAUAGCAAUUCAUUUCAAUCUGGUGGCACAAGUAGUCAAAAAGAAGGUUCUAGUUCUUUAUCACAUGGCAAAUUAGAUGACUCACAUUCAAUGGCUUCCAAAGGCCAUCCACAAUCCACAGUCCAAGGUGCUCAAUCUAGUAGUGCCUUGGAAGACGAUGUUCGCAAAGCUUGGAAAAUGUGGGAUAGGGUAAAGGUGACAAAACAGACUCCUAGAAGAACUAGCAGCAUUCCACAGGGAGUGGCUAAUGAUCCUCCAUGUAGUGGUGCUAGAGAAAAAUCAUUCGCACCUCGUAGUUUCCCAGAGUUGAAAAACCAACAGCCCAUAACAUCAGACUUUAGGCACAUCAGAAUGGAGGAGCAGCGUGACUAUUCUAGUCUCCAAAAAAAAUUGGAAAAUCACCGGUCUCCAAUAUUGGGAGAGAAAAGGCAAAGUAGGGUCACAUGUGACGAGAUGCUACAACACGUGAGGAACAAUACUACUCAUUCAGAAGGAUACAGGCAACAUCCAUUGCCUGGAAAGGCCCAUACUAUUACCCACGGUGCUCCUUGUCACGAAGAAAGAAAUGUUGCAAAGGAACAAAGACAGGCUGCUAACUUGGUAACUUCAGUAGGAUCAGCACCCUCGAGUUGCCAAUCUGGCCGUGUCUUCACCUCUAAUAAGGAUAUGGGUAUUUUCAAUAAAGAAAAGACGUUGGCCAAAAGCUUUGGGAAUGGGAUCACGAAAAAUUUUGAGGAUUCAAAAACAGAGAUCCAGUCUCUUGUUAAACUGAAUCUGAAGUGGUUAACUAGAGAUAAACAAUUAGGUGUUGAAACCUUCAAGGUAGUUGCAAGGCAAGCCACCCAUACCAUCUUGGCUGCUUGCAAUUCCAAGUACAUCUCAAACUCAGUAUGCAGCCACACUGACAAUAUUCUACAGAUUCAGAAUCCGAAGUCAAGUUUAAUGUCCAAAUGUUGCCAACAAUGCUUUAAUGCCUUUGUAAAUGAUGUUGUCAAGUCCAUCAUGUUGGAAAACAUGGGUUGUUCUUGAUCUACAUUAUUUUUCGCAUUCUGUUUUUCCAUUUUAAUGAUUAUUGUUUUCAAGCAACUAUGUAAAAAGGUUGCCCCUUGGCUCAGGGUCUCAGGGCAACCGCAGUGUUAACUUUAUGUUGGAGGGUAUUAGUUAUAAACUCUAUAUAGGGUAUAAGGUAACUUUUUGUUGGUUUGCACAGACUUAUAUAGGGUAUAAGUUAUUUAUGCUUAUGGUUUUAGUAAAAUUACAAUCUAGUUUGUACAUCAGGAAUUUCCAUUAUGUACUUGUAUUAGGGGUUAUGUAAUUAUGAAUUGUUGUAGUAUUUUUUUCUUUCUUUUGUUGUGUGUUUUGCUUUCUGUUUCUUCCAUUAAUUGAAUUAUGGAAUUAUAAGGGAUUAUGGAAUUAUGCAUUUCAGUUUUUUUUUUUUUAUUGCUGAUUUGGGUGAAA